AUGGACCUAUCCCAUAAAUUUUCUAAGAAAGAGCUCACAUUGCUAUAUGAAGAAGUUCUAUAUACUAUUCUCCAUCGCUUGGGCAAACCAGAACCUAACCAUGUUGCUGAUUCAGAAGAGCUGCAUGCGUAUGUGCAAAAGGUUUUUAAUAUGGAUCCAGAAGAGCAUAAUAUUAUACUACAGAGGACCAAAGGGCUGGAGAGUCCAAUAUAUUGUCUUAAAGCAACUGUGAAGCAAGCGAAGGGAAUUCUAGGUAAAGAUGUCAGUGGGUUCAGUGACCCCUACUGCCUCUUAGGGAUAGAAAAUAAAAAGCAGGACUCUUCUGGUAAUGAUGGCACCCACCAGGAGAACAAAAAACGAUCAAAGGCUGUGGUGAAGAAUCUGAUCCCUGAAGACCAGACUCACCGCACCCAAGUCAUCCCCCAGACGUUAAAUCCUGUGUGGAAUGAAACCUUUAUACUUGAGUUUAAAGAUGCAGAGAAUGCCAGAUUCCACCUGGACAUGUGGGACUUUGAUGAAGUUGAAUCUGUACGCCACAAACUUGGAGAACUGUCAGACCUCCAUGGCCUCAAGAGGAUUUUUAAGGAUGCUCGGAAGGACAAAGGGCAACAUGACUUUCUGGGGAAUGUGGUUCUUCGCGUGCAGGAUCUGCAUUGCAGAGAAGACCGUUGGCACAAUCUGGAACCACGCACAGAAACCUACCCCAACCGAGGACAAUGCCGCCUGCAGUUCCUUUUGACUCACAAAAAGAGGGCAACCACGGCCAGUAAGACACAGCCAAGCUAUACAGUCCAGCGGCACAUUCUUCAGCAGCUGGUUUCUUAUGAGAUUCUUCAGCACCAGGCUGGCAGCACUUCCUGGGACGGAGAGUUGAGCAAGCAUGCCAGUACAAUCUUGUAUCUACAUGCAUCUCAGAAAGAUCUUUCUAACUUCCAUCAGGAUAUGGCGAAGUGGUUGGCUUACAGCAAGCUGUACCUGAUCUUGGAGUUCAACAGCAACUGUCUACUCCACCAGAUUACCAGCAUAGAGUACCAAUGGGUGCAAGGACGACUAAAACCUGAACAGAAAGCAGAAUUGGCUGAGUCUUUCCAGUCCCUGCUGGCCUAUGGGAUCUCUCUUCUCCAGAGGUACCGGAUCGUCUUCCCGCUCUCUGCUUCAAACUCUGUACAGAGGCUGCAAUCACUGCUCAGGCUCUUGGUUCAGAUUUGUAAAAUGAAAGCCUUCAGAGAACUUUGUACUGUGACCCCUGAUCUUCAACAAAUGGUGACCGAGGCACUCAAGUCAGGAACAGCAGAAUGGUUUCAGAUGAAGAAACAACACCUGAAGCCAAUGGUCAAGACCAUGGAGGAGUGUGGCAAAGCUUUGGUCAGUCUUGUCACAGAAGUUAAUGCAGAUCUCCAGCAGUGUUGCAGAGUCUGGAACAAAUAUUUCAGCAAUGCCAUGCGACUGGAUCUCUUCUCCAUUGCAUACUUAGAACUUCAGGAGCUGGUCUCCUGUUAUGUCAAGGAGCAGCUGAGCAAGAUGGACAGUGGCAUGUCCCACCUGACAGCAGAGAACCUUUUCCAGCUCUAUCUCAACCUGCGGGAACUGCAGCGCAUGAAAGAAUUUCUGUGCAACAGUGAAGCUCCUCUUGAACUGAUGAAUUUCCACCGGUGGUUUAAGGAAGCCAUCCCCAUAUGGCUCCAGAAGACAUACACAGUAGGCCUGGAAAGGACUCAGAGAGCUGUACAAGUGGAUCAGCUGAAGCCACUGGGGGAGCUGAAUAAACAUAGCACAUCCACUGUGGACUUAUCUACCUGUUAUGCUCAGAUGGUCAAGACCUGGCAGCAGCUGGACUGGCCAGACCCUGAGGAGGCUUUCAUUAUCAUGGUGAAGUUUGUUGAGGACAUGUGUAGGAUUGCUCUGAUGUACUGCCGGCUGAUCAAGGCAAGAGCAGAAGAAUUGUCGUCAUCGAGCCAACAUGAGGAGGGAGAAGCAGCAAACCGGCUCUGUGUUGUGGUGAACAAUAUUGAGCAGCUUCGCAUGAUCAUCCUGAAGUUGCCCUCACAGUUGGACUGGGCCCGUCUGAAGCAGCAGAUAGGAGAUGUUGUUGCCCCAGAACAGAUCCAGAACACUUUGCACCAUCAACUUCAGUCUACAGUCGAAUGCCUUAACCAUGAGAUCCGAGGCGUUGUGCAGACCCUGGCAACCAAACUGGAAGCUGGGAUUUCCAGACACAUUCAGGAGCUGUCAACCUGUAGUGACUCCAAGGACCCAGAAGAUUGUAUCACCCCAUUGAUGAAAUUUUUGGAAUGUGAGUUUGAGUACUUGCAUGGGAACCUGGUUCAGGAGAACUUUAACAGCCUUCUGGAGCUGCUGUGGAAUCACACCUUGGAGACGUUGACAAGGGCUGCCAAACAGCAAGAUGGCAACUUGCAGUACUUCAGGAAACUGCAGUUUGCCCUCCAGAGCUUGGAACUUUCUUUCCAUGCAGAGGGCUGCGGGCUGCCAAAGGACACGCUCCACACUGCAGCUUUUACAGGUUUGGAGAAAGAGCUGGAACUCUGCUCUUCCACCACCAGAAAACUCAUCCAGAAGUACUUCAGUGCCAGAAUCCAGCAGCAGACAGAGGCUAACUCUGAAAAAUACGGGGCUGUGACCAUAAAAGCCAGUUACCGCCACUCGGAGCAAAAGCUGCGCAUUGAAGUGCUCAAUGCGGUCAACCUGCUGCCCCUGGACUCAAACGGCUCAAGUGACCCCUUUGUCCAGCUGACCCUGGAGCCAAGGCAUGAAUUCCCUGAAGUGGUAACAAGGACAACCCAGUGCAUCAAGAAGAAUCUCCACCCUCUGUUUGAUGAAGUCUUUGAUUUUUUAAUUCCUCCAGAAAAAUGCCGACAGGAUGGGGCAUGCUUAUUGCUGACAGUAUUUGACUAUGAUACCUUAGGAGCCAAUGAUCUGGAAGGAGAAGCCUUCUUGCCUCUCUGUAGGGUACUGGGACUGAAUGAAGAUGAGGAAGCAGCCGGCCCAUCCAGAGUGCCCCAGACCCGUUUAUCCUUGAUGCAUCCUGGAACCAUUGGCAAUGAAAUCCUGAAGCUGCUGGAGAAUCGAAAAGGAGACAAGGAAGCUCAGGCAUUUGUGAAGCUGCGCAGACAACGGGCAAAGCAGUCCAAGGAGUUUGAAUGACAGCAGCUAAGCAAGAGUCAAAGUUGAAACAGGCCUGAGCGGAGGUGCAGCGGGACUUGUGCUACCAUGGGGACAGUAAAUGACACCAGCGAUGAGUCUGACAGGACACUUUUGUACAAGAGACACAUGGGAAUUUGGCUCGGCCCACUGGAACCCAUGUCUUUGUUGGUGCAACUGGAACAGCUGUGGCAAGUGCAAGUGGGUGGGUGCUUGCUGUAUUUCCGUCUGUGUGCUCUCUGUUUCCCUCCCUCCCCCUUUCAGCAUUUUCCAUUAGCGGCGCAGAUUUUUUGAAAUGGAGACAUGGUACUGUGAGCUAAGGAAAGUAUAACCAAGCACAUGUAUGUAUGGAUACACAAAUGGGAACGAUCCUGUUUGGCCAGCAAGCUUGAAAUGUGUUUCCCUUGGGACCCAUCAGUCUGUUCUCCAGAUGGUACAGACCGUGGAAGUUGUGGUACACCAGAAUGCCAAAAAGGUGGUGGGGAAACAGCAUUUGAAAGGCAAAAAAUAGACCUGUGAUCUGUCCCUAACCUCUGCCAAACAGAGAUUCUGCUUUAAGCACCAUUGACUUGAAAUGCAAUUAAAUGGAGGAGAUGCUGGCAAUGCACUGUCGUGGAUUCCAUGCCCACAUACCCCCGGGGCACAAUUUGGAUUAUUGUGCAGAAGGCACAGAUGUUGCUGGAUAGUGAAAAUGCUUCUGGUUUAAAUCAGCUGAGGAUUUAAUAAUAUAAAGUCCAUCUUCUGUUAACAGUGCUGCUGCUGUUAUAUGCGCUAGCUGUAUUUGGCUCACAUUGGAAGCCCAAUGGGCCAUGAAGCCUAUAAAGUACAUGUGUUGUAAAACCAGAGCUUCA